AAUUCCUAUGGUAGUCAGUGUAAACUCAAGUUGAAGAGCAACACCUGCUACUGCUGUGACUUAUUCCACUGUGACAGGGUGGACUAUCAUGUGCAGUACUAUGAGUUUACGGGCGUGAGAAGCUGCUGGGAUGUGGUGAAUCUGUAUCGUCUGCUGUGGGCCUGUGUGGCGCUCAAUGUGCUCGGUGUGUUUCUUGGCAUCAUCACCGCUGCUAUACUGGGAGCCUUCAAAGACUUGGCUCCCACGGUUCACAGUCACAUGACACCCAGUCCGGCUCCACCCCCUCACAUCCUGUACAACCCCACCCAACACCUGAUCACCUACACUGGUUUCUGCCCCUCCGGACAAACUCUACCCGCCUACCCAAACUACCCGCAACCCACACAGCAUCUGAAUGGUUAUCCAGCUCCGGCCACAGGCCAGUCCAUUCUUGAGGUCUCGACCUCCACGCCUGACGAGACUCAAGCGGCUGCUCAGAGCGGGAUGAACUCAGCCGUUUCGACUCAAUCCAUGUCUCAGGACAGCAGCGGCUACAUGCUGACUCCAAACGCUCCCUCACUCUAUGCUCACUCAUUAGGGCCCUUCGAGAAGCCUCCACCCUACGCCUGCUGAAAACAUUUGAAUCAAGAACACUGACCUCUGAUGGGCCCCUGACCCUCUGACCUCUGCUGCUGGCGCUGCUAAUGACCCCAGAUAGAGUCUCUGUAAUUGUGAAUUAUUCUCGUAGCAAAUGUGAUCAAUGUUGUUCUCUGGUAGUUUCCAAAACCUCUGAAUUUGAGCUUUUAACAUCCUCUUCCUUCAGUGGGAUCUUCAUAGUUUGAUUUAUUGAAUCAUAUCAGGCUGAAACACUCGAUUACAAAAACUCGAGCUCCAUUUCAUGCGCAUGGAUUACAUGCUUUAGUCUUUUGCUGUCAGAUCAGCUAUUGUCACGAUGAAGGAUCAAUCUGUGGAGAUUCUUGCUGAGAAAGUGUUGGCAUGUUUAUCCUGAAUAACACAUAUGUGACCCUGGACCACAAAACCAGUC